AUGACUGGCGGAAGUUGUGCCAUAGUCUGUGUUUUACAUAGCAAAACGAAGAAGGCAUUUUCUGAGAUGGAGAACAAGGUUUCGAGACAAACAAAGGCUGCUCAACAACAAGUGCAACGAAUUGUUUUUAUACAGGUAUGUCGCGGGAGUUGGGGCAGGUAAUUUCAGAGCCGGCGGUAUAAUUUUGUUUUGGGAGGAGAAUGAAAAACUUGACAAAAAAAAAUUUACGUUUGGUGUCGGUGUUCUUUACACCAAUUUUAAAAAUUUUUGUUUCAGGCCCUCUUCCCAAUGCUUGUACUAAUCGUCCCCAUGGCAGUAUUACCUAUUGUUGCCAUGUUUAAGAUCAAUAACUCUUUGUUUGGCAAGUUUGAAUCCCUCACCAAAACUUCACCUUUGUUCAAUUCGAUUACAGUAAUUUUAUGUAUUCCAUCGUAUCGACGAAUCUUUCUCAGAGUUUUGAAGAAUCGACCAGUACCGACAAGUGUCAUCGAUUCGUAUAUUUCUCACCGUACUAUUUAA